UCCUUUAUGAUGUAGGGCUGCCCCAGCCCUGUGCACAGACAGCUCGGCAGGCUGCAGCGCUCCGCACUCCCUCGCCAGCCCGGCUCCGCCGCUGGAUCGCGCUCUCCGGCCGCCCCGCAGGACCCAGGCAGCUGCCAGCAUGUCCGAGAUCCUCCCCUACAGCGAGGAGAAGGUGGCCCGCUACGGCACCGACUCUGAAGUCAGCGAGAUCUCCUUCAGCUGCCGGCUCCAGGACACCAACUCCUUCUUCGGGGGCAACCAGGCCAAGCGGCCCCCCAAGCUGGGGCAGAUCGGCAGGGCCAAGAGAGUGGUGAUCGAAGAUGAUAGAAUAGACGAGGUGCUGAAGGGGAUGACAGACAAGUCGCCUUCUGGGGUAUAAGCUGGCAGAGGAGGCGCCUGCGCUGAGCUGCAGACUCUGAUCACUGAUUUAAGCACUUUUGGCCGUGCAUGUUUGUCGGACUGUGGUCAACGAGGAAAGCAAAGGAAGGAGAUGAGGCUGCUGGCGACACCUUCCACCCCCAACCCAGACCCCAGCCCGAGGCGCUAACGGAUGGGGCCAUCUCAUCCUCCUCAGCAUCCAACCGAGAGCAAUGGGACAAAGGGAUUUGGCCAUCCAGUCCUGUCCAGAUUUCCAGGGCGCCAUGCCCACGUUUGUCAGCACCACCUCCUGCCCUCACAACCCCCCUCCCUGCAGAAUGGAGAAGCCGGCUGCUGAGGCGCUAUCCAGGGCCAGCGCCACUUCCAGCGCCCUCCCGGGGAGCUCUCCAUUCCAGCGCCACUUCCAGCGCGCUCCCAGGGAACUGUCCAUUCCAGCGCGCUCCCGGGGAACUGUCCAUUCCAGCGCCAC